AUGAUUGCUGCUGCUGCAAUUGUUGCUAUCUAUGUGCUUUCAGGUGACAAGGAACUGCUUGAAACUGGCCAGACAACUAAAAUUCCAUAUCAUGCCUACCAUGAUUUCUACCGUGAAUGCCUGAUGAUGGGAGGUGCUUGGGCAUGCCAGGUUCUCACAUUCUUCAACCAGGCCCUGUUUCCAGCCACUUCCUCACUCACUACUGCUCCUGUUCUCGAUGAAGGGGACCCAGCUCAGUCGUGGGAAUUAGACUUUGAGCGUGCAAUAGAUGAGGGAGGCGAGCCGCUAGUCAUCACUUCUAAUGCUCUCCCUGCAAGUGCUCCCCCUUCUCUCACAAGAUCAUCACCUGUCAUGCUUGAUCUCAUGGCAGGACCUGGUAUGCAACCAGAUCCAAAUCCAACUCCUAUUGCAAAUCCUGCUGAAUCAAACUCAAACUCUACUGCGAUGCAAGCUCUUGCUUUGGUACAUGGUCGAGAGGAUGUUUACUUGACAUCAUCAACAUCAUUUAAAUUUGGCGAAGCUCAAUUAUUGUGCUCAGCAACACCAAGCUCAGCAGAACUCUCCACACACAUCCCAACCAACAGCAAACAUCAUCCACUGAACACCACGUCAUUGGCACCUAUGCUCACACCACCAUUCCCACCACUCACACCAGGACCAUUCCCAUCAUAUGUACCACCAUCUGCAUCACUCACACCUCGCCAAGCUAGGACCAUGUGCACUAUGCUGCCACCACCAUUUCCAACCUUCAUCCCACCCAAUCAGCAACCGGCACCAUGCACAAAUGCCCCACGCACACCAGCAAGUGCUGACGUGGCACAAACACUUGCGGAUGACACUAGGACACAGGAGAAGAGGAAAGGAGGAGAGGAGGAGAGGAGGAGAGGAGAGGAGGAGAGGAGGAGAGGAGGAGAGGAGGAGAGGAGGAGAGGAGGAGAGGAGGAGAGGAGGAGAGGAGGAGAGGAGGAGAGGAGGAGAGGAGGAGAGGAGGAGAGGAGGAGAGGAGGAGAGGAGGAGAGGAGGAGAGGAGGAGAGGAGGAGAGGAGGAGAGGAGGAGAGGAGGAGAGGAGGAGAGGAGGAUGA